AUGUCCGUUUUUCGAACACGAACAGAAGAUGGAAAUAAUGGUGAAUUGCUCGGGGCCCUGUUCACCACAGACAAGAUCUACGCCAAUUCUCCUCGUGUGGGUGGUCUCGGUGGCCAGUGCGCAAUCUUAAUUCGUGGAACGGAGGUGAUUGCAAAAUGUCUGUCAGAUUGCUUCGUUCGCUCCAGUCUGGCUAAAAGGCGGUUGAAAUUGAAAACAUUCAUCGCUGGUCGAAAUCGUCUCGAGGUUCCUGGCGCAGUGGCUCUUGCCGAAGCGUUUACUAAGAUUGGCUCUCUGGAAGAGUUUGCUGUACCACAAAAUGGAAUUACGGCAAAGGGAGUUGAAGCACUGGCAGCGUGUUUCAAGGCAAAUCCAAACCUUCGCGUAAUCAAUUUGAACGACAAUACUGCUACUCAACUUGGCAGCGCUGCAAUAGCCGAGACCUUGCCCUCCCUUCCUAAGUUAGAAGUACUCAAUCUUGGAGACUGCUUAUGUCGAGAUCAAGGCUGCCAUGCAAUCGUUGAUGCCCUGUCACCGACGGUCCAUAAAGCAUUGAAGGAGGUGGAUUUGUCUGGAGCUGAGCUAAGUGGUGCAGCUGCGAUGAGGAUUGUCGAUAAAUGGAAGAAAUUCCCUUCAAGCACUCGGCUCAUUAUCUCAUCAAACAAUUUCGGCCACGUGUUCGAGCAGUUACGAGCAACGGCGGCUGGAAAAUAUUGUACUUGGCGAAUCUGA